UUGCUACAUUUUCUGCUCUUAUUACAGGGAAAGAAAAGUGAGAAAGAAUGGCAAGAACCAAGCAGACCGCUCGCAAGUCUACUGGCGGCAAAGCCCCCAGGAAGCAGCUUGCCACCAAGGCCGCUCGUAAGAGCGCCCCGGCCACCGGAGGCGUCAAGAAGCCUCACCGUUAUAGGCCCGGUACCGUGGCUCUGCGCGAGAUCCGCCGUUACCAGAAAUCCACCGAGCUGCUGAUCCGCAAGCUGCCCUUCCAGCGCCUGGUCCGCGAGAUCGCCCAGGACUUCAAGACCGACCUGCGCUUCCAGAGCUCUGCUGUCAUGGCUCUGCAGGAGGCCAGCGAGGCUUACCUGGUCGGACUCUUCGAGGACACCAACCUGUGCGCCAUCCACGCCAAGAGGGUCACUAUCAUGCCCAAAGACAUCCAGCUGGCUCGCCGCAUCCGCGGAGAGAGAGCUUAAGCUACACGCUCUCCUACUAACAAAGGCUCUUUUCAGAGCCAACUCACUCACACCAAGAGCUCGCUCCUUUAUUGUUAUUAUUAGUGUUGUUUUUAUAAUAGAAAUCUUAUGCUCACACACAAUCUUCAUGCUGUUUCUAUACCACAAACUACACUUGGGUUCAACGUGGAAUUUACUCAAUUCAGUUACAACAAUGCUUUAUUCAGUUAUAGCAUGACUUGUUGUGUCCUUAAAUGUCUCCCUCCUUAUUCACUUGUUGUUUUCCAAAGCUCACGUUGCAGUGCUUUGUGAUAAGCUACAUGAUAGACCCCGUGCUCUCAAGUACCUGGUGUACACUAUUGCUUAAAUGUGAC